UUUUAUAGACUUCAGUCGUCUGCCCCCUUAGUCGUCUCUUUUCCAAGCUGAGAAGUCCCAGUCUUAUUAAUCCUCUGGCAAAGAGUUCCACAGGUUGACUGUCGAUCGGGUCAAGCUGGGUAAGCCGGACUUGUCUUAGACAGACAGGAAAGAGUCACACAUUUGGGUGAGAGAGACAUUCACAAACCAGUCAGGAAGACCACCUGACAUGGACCAGCUGCGAAGUUUUCCACUCACAAAGUGGGCAGGAAAAGAGGAAAAUACCUAUCAGAAUGUGACCAGAGUAAUUCCGAGUCGACAACUUGGGGAAGGAAGACUACCUGAGACAUCUCAGAAGAGAGAGGUCAUCAUCCGUGCUGUACUUAUGCUGCUGAGUCUUUCCCUCAGUGCUUCUUUUGUUACUAUGACCAUUAUGUAUCACCAGGAGCUCAGGAAGAAACACCAAGUUGCAGAAGCGAUUCAGAGAAUCAAAGACUUUUUGAAGCUUGGCAAUGCAUCUUAUUCACCAGCCCUGGAACAAAAUGGCUCAUUACUGGACACGCUGCAGCUGUUAAUGGGCCCUUUGGAGGAAGUCGGUACCUCCCGUGCCACGAUGCGGAAGCAGUACAGUGACGUGCUGACAAAGCUCUCCAGCGGCUGGAGAUUUAACGGUGGGAACCUCUAUUACUUCUCACGAGAGACAAAGUCCUGGGAGGAGGCCGAGCGGUUCUGUGUGUCUCAGGACUCGCACCUGAGCUCCAUUGUCACGGAGGCAGAGCAGAAAUAUCUUGUCAAUGCAACCUGGGGAACACAUCGCUGGAUUGGACUCACUGACAAAGGGACAGAAGGCAACUGGCGCUGGCUGGAUGGUGCUGAAUACACAGGAGGGUUCUGGGCUACAGGUCAGCCAGACAACUGGAAUCAGAGCAUAGACAGGACAGAGGACUGUGUGUUCCUAGACUCAUUCCAAAGCGGUUUUUGGAACAAUGUCAACUGCACUUUCCUGGAAAGGUGGAUUUGUAAGAAGUUCGCUGCGCUGUGACGUGGCAGGUCUGAACACAGUGGAGCAUACUGUCCCCGCCCUGGCUAGAAGAGCAGACAGGAAACAGCAUGUCCUAUUGCAACACAGUGGCAAAAAGAAAACUAGGCUGAGAUAGAUGCAGUGCUGCCAGCUCCCACAAUUUCAUCACAAACCCUGUAAUAUUUUUGGGAGGGGCAGGAGGAGAGGCUGACCCAGAAGUUUUGAAGACUUGCGGGUGGCAGCACCGUAGUGAUCCCUGCGGGGUCAGGUCUACGUAGGUCGGCCAUUCAAACGUUCCCAGAAUACCGGACGUUCCGAUACUUCCAGGAAUGGCGUGGGCCGGCCCCCGCUGGUGUGACCUCACAUACAUGGUGCAUGUGAGGUCACACCACAUAGGGAGCACCAUUUUGCAGAGCACACCCUCCUUUCCCGCCCAUGCCAGCACAAUCUUGCACGCACGGUGUUCAGAAUGGCAUCCCCCAUCUAAUACAGGACAAAACCACGCCCAGUUUUGUCUCAGUACCGGAUGGGGGACAAACCAUCCAAAAAGAUGACUGUCCGGUUCAAAAUGGACAAGUGGCCUCCCAAAGUCCAAGGAGGGGUUUCAUCCCUCUCUUGGUCCAAAGCUGGAAAAAAAUAGAUUCAACUGGUUUGUGUGACAGCAACAGCCAAGCCACCGUAAAAUCCUGGCCUCUUAAUGCCAAUAAAUAUCAAAGCUGCAAAGAGUCCUGUGGCACCUUGUAGACUAACAGACGUACUGGAGCGUGAGCUUUGGUGGGUGAAUCCCCACUUCGUCGGAUGCAUGUGUUUGUUUAGUCUGGGAAUAUUUUUGCAUGCAUCCGACGACGUGGGUGUUCACCCACCAAAGCUCAUGCUCCAAUACGGCUGUUAGUCGAGAAAGUGCCACAGGACUCUUUGCCACUUUUACCGAUCCAGACUAACACGGCUCCCCCUCUGAUACUAAAUAUCAAAACAUCCCUAGAUAAUAGAAUAAAAAUAUUCUACUCUGUUGUGUUUUCCUUUCUUAUCAUAAUGAGUUUUGUCUUCCUUUUUCUCCCCAUUCUCUAACUAUUUCAAGUUAUUUUUUUCUCUAAAAUGUCCUCUCCUAAUUCAAGAUUUUUUCCUGGUUUCUUCUUUUUCCCUUAUCCAUCUUCGGUUUCUUAACAAUAAGUGCUGCAGCAGGCAGGCAGAGUUGUAGGGGACAGGUCUAUAAUCAUUAUGCUAAGAUGCCAGCAUUACAUACUGAGGCUCUAAGGAU